AUGAUUGUCAAUUUCUCCUUAGUCACGCUGCUCGUGGCCACAAUUGCCUUAGCCUCCCCGUCGUCUGGCCUCGCUCGACGGACCUGUGGCCUGGGUCCCUCAUAUAUUGACAUUCUCAACAUCACGGCGCCCAAUCAGCCGUCAUCUACGUAUAGCCAAUUCACUCUCACCCGCGACGAUAACCCUGUUAGCAAUAUCCAAAUUGUUGCUAUGACCUUCGACCUCAUCCCCCCCUCCGCCACGGGCUGCCGACUGCAGAUAACCAUCCCCCAGCUCACCGAACCAAAUCAGAUCGCAUGGGGUUCCGCGACCCAGGCCGAGUUCUGGACCACCGACCCAUGGUAUCCCAAUACUCCCCCGACGUGGAACAAUCUACCAGCCAAGCGGGAAAUGGUGGCCACCUUUGGGUUUCCGACAUACGUGACCAACUCUGUAUUUCAGACCAACCUGGCGAGCAAUGUCUGCACCGACCCGAUGAGCUAUCUCAUUUCCUUGAGCGAUUGGCAGACUCAGGCAGGAGGGGUGAAUUUCGUUAAUUCUCUAGGUGGAAAACAGGGAUUGGAGGUGUUAGGUUUUGAGACGAUCUUUGAUUGUUGA